AUGGAACCCGGGUCCGGUUCAGGAAUCGACCCGGACGAGAAGAACGACCCCAACCAAGAAGCACGGGCCGAUGAGCAGCAAAGCCAAGCCCAACGCGAGGACCCCGCCUCUACUACUGGGUUGCCGAGCGCCGCAGCAGCCGAGCACGGCGGCGGCAAUGUCGCCGCCGCCUCCCCCUCUCCGCCGGCACCCCCCUCCGCCCCGACCAUCCCGCGCUCCCUACGACGCCCGCCGCUUCCUCCCCAUGCCCCGACCUCCCAGCGCUCCCGACGACGCCCGCCGCUGCUUCUCUCCGAGGUGACCAUCGACCGGCCCCGGUCGGGAUGGAGCGGCGUGCUGAUCAGAGGCGCCCACGACGGCGAGGCGUCGUCCUCCGGUACGGCGGGGGACGACGACGGGAAGGGCAAGAAGGCCGCGGAAACUCCUCCUCCUCCUCCUCCGGAGGCGAGCCUGUCUCCGCCGAGGGACGAACGGAAGGGCAAGGGGAUCGCUAAAACUCCUUCCCCGGAAAAUACCACGGAAUGGUCUCCUCUGAGCUCCCCGGGAACCGGCGGCAGGGAGCAGGCCAAGAAGACGUUCCUGCGCAAGGUUGUAGACUACAGCAAGAACAAGGUUUUCUGUAGAGGAGGAAUCAAUCAAAAUUCCGCAGGACCUUCAGAGAUACCUCAUGUGGCUUACGAGACAAUGUCCACCACCAAUGCAAGUCAAGUCCUUAAUUAUUAUUUCGACCGCCUUGUCAACCAUUGGCAUGAAAGACGAAAGGAUCCGGUGAAUUUGAUGAUCCUUCAUAAAAAGUAUUCAAAAAUUAGGACAGUGGAAGGAGAUGGGGAGUGUUUCUACAGGAGCUUCAUAUUUUCCUACCUUGAGCAAGUUAUUGAUAUGAAAGACACAUAUGAGGAACAGCGUGUCCUUGCUAUUGCCGAAAGGGCGGCUAUCCAACAUACACGUUAUGUAUGGGCCUCUGAGUUUCCCAGGAGCCACGAAAUGCACAAUUUCUUUGCAGUAGUGGCCUGCCCUUACAGUUUUCACCCUGUUGACGCAUUUAAGAAGCUGAUAAAGAAAAUAAUGCGCUGGAAGAGUCGAGGCAGAUUCAACUUCAGACCAUCAACCAACAGCCACCGUAAGCAGAAACUUCUCGAGUUCUUCAGCACUUACGAGAGAACAGAAGACAUUUUUGUUUUCCUCAGAUUAUUAGCAGCUAUCGAGAUAUGCUCGGACAGGGAGGAAUAUGAACCGCAUAUAGCUGGUCUUGGACAAAAUUGCAGUUUGGAAGAUUGGUGUCUUCGUCACGUUACUCGGCGUCGUGAGUGGGCGGACAUUGUUCAAAUGAGGGCCUUGGCAAGCGCGUUUGAGGUGCCCCUCACAUUGCUGCCGUUCGAUGUAGGAGAUGCUCAACCAAUCUACAUCUGUUUUGGAGUCCCCCUUGCGCGUGUGACAUUGCUGUUCACCGGCAACCAUUAUGACAUCCUCUACCUGGGUCCUCCUAAGCCCAAAGAGGAAGUAGAUCCCCAUGCAAAAAGCCAAGGGACUUUGCCUGCUCGGGCUGAACGCCAAGCUCUCAAUGCACAACAGAUUUUUCGUGAUCAGAGCGAAAGACAAGAUCUCGAUGCACAAAACCAAGAGAUUUUGCCUGUUCAGACUGAAAGCCAAGAUCGUGAUGCAGAAAACCAAGAGAUUUUGCCUGCUCAGACUGAAAACCAAGUCUUGAUGCAGAAAACCAAGAGAUUUCGCUAGAUUAGUAGUUGAGUUGGUCUGCUGCCUACGAAUAGAAGCGUUUUGCAGAUCGUUUAGUUGGUAGAGAAUUAGGCAUACACUGAUGAAGCUGGUAGGGGCAUAUACUUGUGCAUUCUUUCUUUCUUUCUUUCUUUCUUUCUUUCUUUCUUCUGUGGGCACAUAUACUUCUGGUGGCCAAUGGAUUGAUCAGUUAGUUGCUCCCUUUGCCUGAAAAGUGUGGCAAGGAAGAAAAACGUGUGUAGUAUCGUUGGCUGGUUCUUUUGUGAUGAUCACAUUCAUUUGUGCUCAACUUGUGUUGACACGAACUGCUGGUGCUAAUAAAUUGAUCGGUUUUCAUACAA